AUGAGUUUUAACUUGAGACAUUACAUCGUGCUGACUGCCAGUGCCUUUACAGAAGAGCAUCACUUAAACUGGAUUGGCCUCGUCGAGUCUAAGAUCCGUGUGCUGGUUGGAAACCUGGAAAGGAAUGAAUUUAUAACUAUUGCACACGUGCAGCCACAGUCUUUCCCUGGCAAUGAAGUUCUCUAUAAACAACAUUACAUCGUGCUGACUGCCAGUGCCUUUACAGAAGAGCAUCACUUAAACUGGAUUGGCCUCGUCGAGUCUAAGAUCCGUGUGCUGGUUGGAAACCUGGAAAGGAAUGAAUUUAUAACUAUUGCACACGUGCAGCCACAGUCUUUCCCUGGCAAUGAAGUUCUCUAUAAACAGAGUGGAUAUGUGUCAAUGUGGUUUCUUGGGCUUGUAUUUAAGAAAGCAGAAAGUGCAGUAAAGACUAACGUUGAUCUAACACAUGGGAUACAGUCAUUCACAGAUACAGUUUACAGGCAGGCUAGUGCCCUCAACAUCCUAAAGGAAGGUAUGAAGAUUGAGGCAACUUAUGUGAAGAGAAAGCAACUCCAUUAUUUUUUGCCAGCAGGAACCUUGCAGAAAAGAAAGAAGCAAAGGGUGUCAGAUAUUAGUCAAAAUAAUAGUGGACUUCAGUGCAAAAGGUCUUCUUUAGGUGAAAGCUGUUUGGAUGGUUCCAAAGACAGAGAUUCCAGAACACCCUCUAAUUCCUCUUCGUUAAAUAAGAUAUCUAAGUUGGACAUCUCUACAGCAGAGACAGAAAGAAAUGUUGAAUGUCAGAGUUGUAGUGGUGCCAACAGUGUAGCUGAGCCAUCAACGUCUAAGGGACUUUGCAUUCCUGUGACUGAUCCAAAGAUGGAGGCUACAGUUGCACUAAGAACAUCGGGACCUCCAAUGGGUUGCACCAUUCCAGGAUAUAACACGGUUUGUCAACUCAGAACGUGUUUUGUGCAAGGACAGCAUAAAUUAAGUGGGACUCUAUUCACGGAUCCUAGGAGUGCUUCACCUAAGCAACAUUAUUCACCAACCUCUAAAGUAUCUCGUCCACCUACAUCAAGAGAAUGCCCCCAAAAAGCCAUAGAUGGAGAAAAGCCAAAUGUGUGGGACUCGGAUUUCACAGAAAGCGGAUACCCUCAAGAUGGGAGGAAGAAAGCUACAAAAAAUGGUGUCCUUGAUGGAAAAUCCAUGCAGAUUCCAGUGAUCACAUCAAGAUCACAGAGGCUUUCCAGUAAAGAACUGCCAGAUUCCUCAUCUCCUGUUCCAACAAAUAGCAUUCGUAUUAUUAAAAGAUCCAUCAAACUUACCCUUAAUGGGCUUUUAAGAAGAAUAUUCAGGGUUUUGAGAAGAGCAUUCAGGAAGAAUUUAGGUUACUAGUUUCUCAGACUCAGUCCAUUGAUGAAUUACACGUCUUAUCUUAAUGUAUCUUGACACAUCAGAUGUCAAGUGUGAUGUUAAGUGAUGUCAGUGUUCCCGGAGUUUCCCUGGAUGUUGCAGAAGUUCGAUGCUGCCCCAGGACUCUGCAGAUUAGAAUUCAGCUGUUUGUAAAUAAAGUUCAAACUUACUCAACUGCAGUGUUCUCUGUUACAGUGAUUGAAAGGGAAGUUACGCCUGCAUAAGGACCCAGUGAUAGAAGCUCUUUGAUAUCAGAUUGCU